ACUCGGUUCUCCAGCAGCCUUCUCCAGAGGGCGAAGAGCAGGCAGUUGAAGCUGACGCUGACCCUAACGCUUUACGCUUCCCAAUUCCAGCCAUGGCGGGAGCCGAAUGGGAGUCGCUGGAGCAGUGCUUAGAGAAGCAUUUGCCACUGCCAGAGCUGCAAGAAGUGAAGCGCAUUCUUUAUGGCAAAGAGACCAGGCUGCUGGAUCUGCCCAGAAGAGCUGUUGAAGCUGCCAACCAAGGCGACUUUGAACUGCAGGGACAUGCCUUUGCGGCGGCGGCAGCAGAGCAGAUGAGACCUCCCCGGCUCAUACGAGUGGGGCUGGUGCAGAACAAAACCCCUCUCUCCACGAAAGCACCCGUGGCAGAACAGGUCUCUGCCCUGCACAAACGCAUAGAGGCCAUUGUCGAGGUGGCUGCCAUGUGUGGAGUCAACAUCAUUUGUUUCCAGGAAGCGUGGAGUAAGUCUCUUGUGGUGCUUUCUCUGCCACCUUUGAUCAGUAAGUGCUUUGAUGAAAAGCUGGCAAAGAAGCACAGCAUGGUGGUGAUAUCCCCCAUCCUGGAGCGAGACCACAGUCAUGGGGACGUCCUGUGGAACACAGCUGUGGUGGUCUCUGAUUCUGGAGCGGUUCUGGGCAAGACCAGGAAAAACCACAUCCCACGAGUGGGCGAUUUCAAUGAGUCGACUUACUACAUGGAGGGAAACCUGGGCCACCCUGUGUUCGAGACCCAUUUUGGCAAGAUCGCAGUGAACAUUUGUUAUGGACGGCACCACCCCCUCAACUGGCUUAUGUACAGCAUCAAUGGGGCAGAGAUCAUCUUCAACCCCUCAGCCACCAUUGGCUCACUCAGUGAGUCCUUCUGGCCCAUUGAGGCCAGAAACGCAGCCAUUGCCAAUCACUGCUUCACUUGUGCCAUCAACCGUGUGGGCCAGGAAUGUUUCCCCAAUGAGUUUACCUCCGGAGAUGGAGAGAAAGCUCAUAAGGACUUUGGCUACUUCUAUGGCUCCAGCUAUGUGGCAGCCCCCGAUGGCAGCCGCACCCCUGGGCUCUCCCGUAACCGGGAUGGGCUGCUGGUCGCUGAACUCGACCUUAAUCUCUGUCGGCAGAUGAAUGAUCUCUGGAGCUUCAAGAUGACCGGGAGAUACAAGAUGUAUGCAGAGGAGCUUGCUGAAGCUGUCAAACCCGACUACAACCCCCACAUUGUGAGAGAGUAGCUGGCUGCACCCCUUCCUGCCCUGGGGUAGGGGCAGGUGACGCCUCCCCAGUGGAGGAGCACAUGGGGCAGGCUUCCUGUGUUCCAGAUCUCCCUGAUGAGGAUGCUGCCCAGGGA